CGCAACACGAGGCGCGCCGGCGCGGGCAUUACGCGGUUGCGUCACAGGCUCUCCAGUAUGGACGUCGGCGUACACGUUCCCGUUGCAAGUUUCGCGAAAUUACCACUCGUGUCGCCCUCACAACUCGGCAUGCUGUGUUCCGUGCAGUGAAGGCGCCUCCGGAGGUUCAAAAGUAGAGCGCGCGCCUGAGCAGUUCGCAGGCGCACCUUGCCCUUCUAUUCUACCUCUUUCUAUUCUUCUCACGCACGCCGCCACACGAGGGGACAGUCCCACAGCUCGCGCCUUAGCGACUCCCGUCAUGUUCGUUCUCGGCGUGCUCGCUCUGCUUACGUCCGUCCGCGCCUACGAUCUCGUGCGGGACUACUCAGGCUCUUCCUUCUUCGAUCGGUGGGACUUCUACGGCUACUGGGACAACCUGACGCUCGGCGAUGUGUGGUGGCUCAACAGGAACGAUGCGUUCUCGCAGGGCCUCACGUACAUCAACAACGCCGGGAACGCAGUGUUGAAGGUUGACAACGAGCACGACGUCGCCUGGAACUACAAGCGGAACUCGGUACGGAUUACAAGCCAGGACACCUACGCCGUUGGAAGCUUGUGGAUCACAGACGUGGUGCAUGUUCCUUAUGGUUGCUCUGUAUGGGGCGCCAUAUGGACGAAGGGUCCCACCUGGCCCGACAAUGGCGAGAUCGACAUCUUUGAAACCAUCAACCGCAUGCCCAUCAACCAGUACGCCUUGCACACGACCGAGGGUUGUAUGAAGGACACGCCGGACAACCAAGUAGGCACGACCGUCGUGGAGGACUGCUCGCAAGCUGCUGGCUGCACCGUCACCGAGAACUACGAGAACAGCGCCUACACAGGCUUCGCAGAGGCCGGCGGUGGCGUCUGGGCGACGCAGUUCGACGUUUCUGGAAUUUAUAUAUGGUUUUGGAGCCGCCCGAACGUGCCAGCGUCCAUCACGCAGUCGACUUCGACGUCCGGCGUCGACCUCUCGGACUGGGGCCCGCCCUCGGCAGCCUUCCCUUCGACGACCUGCAACAUAACCGAGUACUUUACGCCCCAGAACCUGGUUAUCGAUAUAACCCUCUGCGGUAAUUGGGCUGGUUUGCCGGAGACCUACGCGGAGACCUGCUCUGGUGGUACGACUGGGCUUUGCUACAACGACAACGUCAUCGGCUCUGGCGCCAACUACAACGACGCCUACUUCGAGAUCAAGAACAUCCGCGCCUACACCACCGGCGGCGUCGCGCCCACGCCCACCGCCAACUACCAGGGGACCAUACCCACCAUCACCGGCACGUCGGCCUUACAUAGUAGCACGUCGACGGUGGGCACGGCGCUCAUCCCGACGCCGUGGUACUACCCGGGCGCGGCGUUGGAGAUGAACUCCGUUCGAACGGCCACAGGGGCGCACCUGACGUUUUCGACGACUUAUUUUGCUUUUUAUGACAUGGCUACGACAGUAGACGACUCCAUGCAGGACGUGGUAUUGUAG